CUCUGCCUCAGCCUCAGCCUCAGCCUCUGCCCACAUGUUGCGUCACAUGGCGCUGCUGCAGCGCUUCAGAGAGCAGCAGGAGGUUAAAGAGCAGCAGUUGGUGGCGGAGGCAGAGGCGGAAGAAGAGCAAGACGAAGAGGAACUGGAAGUGGAAGUGGAGGAAUUGGAACAAACCAAAGUCAACGGAGUCUCCUCACCCGAUGUCGAAGCCUCCGCCCACGACGAUGAUGGCACAACGGCCAGCGAGAGCGGCGCUGCCACAACUGCCUCAGCUGCCGCUGCUGCUGCUGCUGCAAAGCAUCGACGCAGCCGCACCAAUUUCAACACCUGGCAGCUGGAGGAGCUGGAGCGAGCGUUUCUUGGCAGCCACUAUCCGGAUGUGUUUAUGCGCGAGGCGCUGGCCAUGCGACUGGAGCUGAAGGAGGGGCGCAUUGCGGUCUGGUUCCAAAAUCGUCGAGCCAAGUGGCGCAAGAAGGAGCACACAAAGAAGGGUCCUGGCCGGCCGGCGCACAACGCUCAGCCGCAGAGCUGCAGCGGAGCACCGAUUCCGCUGCCCGAACUGCGAGCCCGGGAGCAGGCACAACGCAGCAAACGCAUUGCCAAAGCCAUCGAUCGUCAGGCGCGCAAACUACGUCUGAAGGGCAUCGAGGUGGACAUGACGCAGCUUCAGGCUGACUAUCUGGCGACGCACAAGGAUGAUGUGGAUCAUCUAAGUGCUGGGUGCAGAGAUGACGAUGAGUUGCCCAUCGAUGUGGUGGGCGAGUGCAGCGACAGCUUGGACAACUCGCACUCGCUUAGCUCCACGUUUGCCACAUUGACGCCGCAGACAAACCAAAGAAGCUGUCACGAAGAUAGCUGCGAUGGCAACGGAAAUGGGAAUGGGAAUGGGAAUGAGGCUGGGGAUGCUGUGAUAAAAGUGGAGCCGCUGGAAUCACCAGCUGAAAUUUCCAAGCCUCCGUCACACCACAAAGGACAUUACAACUCCUCUUUCAGCAUUGAAUCCUUGCUCGGCACAUAG